AUGGCGGACGGUCAAGGCGACGGAGUGACAACGAAAAGACAGUCUUCUAGCGAGGAAGAACCACAUAGAAACUCGCCUGAAACAGGCUCACACGGAAAUUCAUCUACCGGUCCCUCUUUAAAUCAGCAAAGUACAUCGUAUAGUCGUUCACAAGAGCCAUGGAAUGUUCUUUGGUACUGGAUGUCCGUUCAUUAUUACCAACAAUAUUAUUAUCAGCUUUGUUCGUACAUGUAUUACUGGCAAACUGUUGCCUCGCAAUCAAUGUAUCAAGGAACUUUUCAAAGCCAAAGCAGUUAUUCUCAGUCGACUUUGCAAAAUCAGGGAUCUCAGCCCGGUUUAUACGCUGGACAAGCCCGGCAAAACACAGCAAACGUUGAAAAUAGACAUGUACCAAGACCUCCGAUGAACGGUGGCGUUUUCUUGCCAGGUACUGCAGUACCUUGGACAUAUCCAGGACAACAAGCUGUUACAACAGGUAAUUUUCGUGUAAGCCUAAUUUAAUUUUUGUGGACUUGAGCAUACUAGAAGAAUUAAGUGUAAAAAGUUACUAUAUAUUGAAAUUAUAAUUUGAACAGUGAUCCAUCUGGAACACAUCAGCUACAGUGAGUCCUGGCACUUACACGGCUUUCAGACACUGAGUCCUUGACCCAAGCCUAUUAUGAGUCCCAGAAAAAUUUAUAAGAGUCUUGUAAACUUGUGCAUAAUAUUAAAAUAACAUGGAGACAAUUUGGAGAUUUUUUUUUUUCGGAGCAAAGCUACUUAGGAAUACAUGAAAUUCUAUCUUUCUGAUCUCAUACAGCAGUCACGAGUACUUUUUCAUUCAGAGCUCGUAUAAUUUUCGUUCUUUUAUUCCUGUGCAAUAAUGUUUGUGCAUAUUCAGCCUCACUGCGUGACGGCUCUUCUGUGUGUUCCAUUGCAGAUUUCACUAAAAAUGUACAACUCUGGUUGCAACUGAUUCAUAGGAGACAAGAAAUUCUGCGUUAACUUGAGAAUGAUUUCACCUUCAACAUAACCACUAGCAGGUUCAAGUUGUAGUUAAUUGCUAAACUUUGUUUAUGAAUUUCUUAUCUGUCCUUAUUUUUUUUAUCCUCUAUACCUGUAGUUUCUGAGGUACAGAUUGCACCUGUCUCAAGAAGGAUAUAUGCUGAAAUACUUGAUUUUAUCUUCCUGUACCUUACAAAGAUUCUUGUGUUUUCAAUUUAGUAAGUGGUUGCUUCUGUUUUCUUUUGUGUUAGUAGUGUAAUGUUGGCCUUUUUGUAGCCGCGCUUUCUGUGAUGUCACGGGGUGAUUUGUGUGACAUUCUCUUUUACGUGUACAUUUUCACUGACUUACAGUCCUGUCAGAGAAAAUGUCCAUUAAAUGCAAAGCAGUGCACAUAUCUCUUUUAAAAAGUUCUUUAAGUUUAGACAAGACAGUAUACCAUAACUUGACAAUUGAUGAAAACUGUUAUUUUAAUGAUAUUACUAAUGACACUGUCUUAGUACAGUUUCAAAGAAUUAUGUUUACUUUGGUCAACUGUGCUCCCUUUAUACUCCACUCCAUGAGCUGAAGUGAUUAUUGUAUUAAUUAUACAUGGUAGUCCCACACUGAUGGCCAUGUUCAACAGGAUGAUUAUCACAUAUUAUCAUACCUGUAUGGUCCCCCGUGCAAUUUCGUUGAAAAGCUAUAUGAAACAAAGUCCCUUAUAAAAUUAUGGCCAUACAGGCCAAUUGAUAGGGCUGGAAAAACCUGUAGGGCCCUACUAGAAAAGGGCAGUGAUCAAUACGGCUACGCUCAGUCAGAAAAUUCAAAUACACAGCGGUCAUUGAUAAAAUGCUUAUUGACUGAGUUGGGUCAGGUCAUUAUUUGGUUCUCCGUCAGGAUGGUCAAGUAAAAAAUUUUCCCUUCCAUUCCCCCCACUCAAUCAACAAGUAUAUCGUCUUUUACAUCUCAUUCACUUACUGAAGUUACAUUUGCUAUAAUCAAUUAUAUUUUUAACAGUAUACAGUACAGCCUCAGGAUUGAUGAUCCCCUGCAGGAUAAAAUUAUGUCUCUUUGAAGAAUUGAAUAUUCUAGCUCCCUAUGAGUCUCAGUAGCUCAAUCAGUAGAUAGAGCACCAUUGUUUGGGAGGCCAAAGGUUUAAAUUUUGCUGGGUACUCAAGGUUACCUUUUUUCCUUAUUUUUACUUUUUGUACUUCUUGAAAAUUUUCUUCAUAUUCAGGCAUUCUUUUUUGAUUAAAAUACAUUUCUACUUUCAAUUCAGGCUUUUCUUGAAUGGUUGACAAAAAUACAUUUUACUUUUUCAAUCUCUGACCUUUUUCAUUGUGAAUGGUUGAUGAAAUCUGAACUUAACAUUCAAGAUAUUACUUUUUGCAGCUUUGGACAGACCUGGUGUUUGCAUAAAUAUAAUUCAGUAGAAUUUUUUACAGUAAAGAAAUUAAUACAAGAAAAAGAUUGUUAAAAAUGAAAUGAAGAUUUUUUGAAUGUUAACAGAAAAUAAUUAAAAGAUAUCCAGGUAAGAAUCUUAUCAGGUCCACACUUUAAGUUUUGAAGGCCAUUUGUUUUCAAAAUUUUCAGCAUUAAAAUCUGACAGCAGCUCUCCUUAUAGUCAAACCCCUCCUUAGAGACACCUCUGUAAUACCAGCAUCUCUCUUUUAUCGACUGUUCUCUUGAUCUCAAAGCUCCAUACAUUUUCUAACUCUAUUAAACAGGCAGACAAUUGGCUCUGUAUCUUUGAUGUCCAUUAUUAUCAAGAUUUCAGUUAUAGUACCUCUAUUGUCAUUUUAUGGGGGUAAGAAAAGAAUAGUUACAUCCAGUGGAGGCGUAGGGGUUCUUAAAUAAGAUGAGGUUUGGAUGAGGUGAAAAUUUUUCCAAGACUCGUGACUAUUCUGACUAGGAAUGUUCCAGUCCUUGGCACUUAGUGACUGUGCAAUUUGAAAUAUUUUUCUCAUGAUCCUUUGCAGGUGUUUUUCCUAAUGGGUGGACUACAUGGGAGUGUGGGAGGAGCCACACCUGGGAAAUAUCUCAUGGGAUUGUCAGUCAUUGCAACUGAUAGCAUUUCUACAGUGGCAACCAACCCAGCAGGUGACCGAGUGAGAAUCAUCCCUGGAGGAAACCUUGGAUUCUGGAGGUAGGCUAGCUAUAAAAUGCAAUUGCAUAACGUAUACCUCUAGUCGCAAAAGUGCUUUUGUUUCAUGUCCAUUACACCCAAAAAAAUAGAAGUCAACCUUUCUUACUAACAGAUUAGUCUGGUCAUGAUGUGAACUUGAUUAGGGGAAGUGUGAUUGUGAUAAUUAUUGUUAAAUGGAAGUGAACUCAAUUACCGGAAGUGUGGUUGUGUCACCACCAUAACAGAUCGUGAUGAUCCAUCACCAUCUGGUGACCCCCCUCACACAACAUACAUACAGUGAUAAUUUGAUCUCUCUCAUGACCCAACUACCAAAGAGUUGGGUCGUCAACCUACAGCCGCCACUGUCCUGUGAUACCCAGAUAACAGGCACACAUAGGAAGUAUUAAUCGUGAUUUCUGGUAACCGAGUUCACAUCUGUUUAACAUAUCAUGACCUGACUUCUGGUAGACGGACUUCAAUAUUAGACGAUCAGACGUAGUCUCUGUGUGUUGGACAAGUUACGUGUACCUUCACUUAGGGAUUAUUCGUAACAUUUUUUGUGUUUGCUUGCGGUUGGUAAAUUGAAAAACCUCACUCAGAAAAAGCAGUUUGUAAACAGUGAUAUAAUGUUAUUAUUUUUUUGAAUACGAAAGUGGAUGGUGAGAAUGGCUGGGAAAUGUACCCAGUAUAGAGUAUUGAAGGUUGUGUUCUCUCUGUAAAAAGAGUGUUUUUUUUUUCUGACUUUAUCAACAGAUCAUUUUUGAGGGCCCUGCUUAAAAACUUCUCCAUGACGUUCCUGUUUCCUGUGUUUUUAACGGUCCUGUUUUUUGAGCAUAGUCGUACAGCCUAUGAUGUCAUUGCAAACUCAACAGUGGUAGUUACUAGUGCUGCUCCGCCGAGACAACAGGGCGACCAAUUGAAUCAGAGACAGUAGGGUAGUAAUUUGGUUGCUUAUUUUAGGGUGUACUGUACGUUUAAAUUAGCAUUUUCCAAAAAGUUUGUAUCCUUGAAUGCCUAGAUUGUGAAUGCAAGCAGGGAAAAUUUUGAUCUCAAAUCCUUGAAAGCGUUUGUGAUGAGUCAAGUGGUUACAGCUGUAUGCUUUUGUGACUAGAGUCAACUCCCUUACAUGUAAUAGCGGACACCAUAGGGACCUCGAGUUAGUGUCCUCAUGCAUUAGCAAGAGUCUGUAAUAGGGGGAGUUUAUUUCAGUCAAACUUCUUUAAUUUAUUUUUGCCUGGGAUUUAGCUGCUGCCCGUAGAGUUAAAAGUGGGGUACUUAUAAAUGGCAUUUUACAGUGUACUUUUAUUUUAACCCAAUGGCUACCUUAGGGCACUUUCCAUUUGUCAGAACUGGCUGGCCGGACCAUUGCCGGAUCAGUCAGUUAGCAAAUGAAAUUGGCUUUUUCCAAAGGGUUUUUGCUGAAAAAUCAU